AUGUCUCUUGUUCUGAUUACCGGUGCUACCGGUUUCAUCGGCUCCCAGGUGGUCUGGGAUGUACUGAAAGCUGGCUAUCGCGUGCGCUUGGUCGUCCGUCGUGCUGAGCAGGCGACCAAGCUCGAGCGGAUUUACGACCGCUACUCAAAGGAGUUAGAGUUUGCUGUCGUUCCCGACUUGACAAUUGAUGGAUGCUUCGACAAGCCACUACAGGGAGCGGAUUAUGCCUUGCACCUGGCCUCUCCAUUGCCUGGUGCCGGGGAUGAUCUCUUAAGCCCUGCUGUACGAGGAACUGUUUCGAUCCUGCAUUCUGCGCUCAAGGUGCCAAGCAUCCAGAAAGUUGUCGUGACUGCCUCGGCGUUAUCAAUCAUUCCGUUGGGGCCAACUAGAGAUGGAUUGAUUGUCAAAGAAACGACGGAUGUUGAAGAUGUCGACCCAGCCCAGGUUGCUUCGUGGAACCCAUUGGAACAGUAUCAUGCCAGCAAGAUCGCGUCUUACAAAGCGACGCUGGACUUUGUGCGUGACCAACAUCCCAAAUUUGAUGUGGUUACUCUGCAUCCGGUCUUUGUCUUCGGCCACAAUCACGCACAGGAAUCAGCCGAUCAGCUGGGCGGCACUUGUGGCAUGCUGUACCAGGCAAUCACAGCGGGGAAGCUAUUCGCCAGUCAGUACCGGGGUGUUCAUGUUCACGAUGUUUCUGCUGCGCAUGUAAAGGUUUUGGAUAGCUCUAUACAGGGACUGCAGUCAUUUUUGUUGGCCGCACCACCGAGAUCAUGGGCAGAUGUUGAGGCUUUUGUUCGUCAACAUUAUCCUGAUCUGCCCAUCGGUAUCCAGGCCCGAGAAGGACCAAGCUAUGUGCUCGACACAUCAAAGGCCGAGAGAGAGCUGGGGUUGACAUGGAAGGGAAUGGAAGAACAAGUGAGCGAUGUGAUUAACCAGCAGUUGGCUUUUAAAUGA